AUGGACUACGCCCUUUGCGAGGCUUCCCGGCACAACAUGGAAGGCAUCACCAGGGCUGUCACCUUCUAUGAUAUUAAUUGUCAAUACAACAAACACUUUCGGGUUCGGGUGGAUCGAAGUCGAUUUCUAGAAAUGGCACCACAACUAACCAUCAUUCCCGGAAUUGGGUUGUGGCACGUUCAUGGCCAUCAGGACAGCUGCUAUGUGCGAUAUGCUUCUAACUUUAUUGAAGGCAUUGGUCGGAUCGAUGGAGAGAUCAUGGAGACGCUAUGGGCACGGCUCAAUCUGAUCUCCCCUGCUGCUCGGGGAAUGUCAUCUCCCCACCGAAAGGAAUGCCUUGAUUAUCAGAUGAAUGACUCCAAUUUCUGCAAGAUGAUUCGCAUGAAAAGGACUCUAUGCCGGAAAUACAAGCUGGCUAGGAAUGGCAUCUCGGAAAGUGGAAAGGCAUUUGACAGACUCGAUGAAGCAGCACCCUCACAUUUGAAGACAGAAUGGUUAGCCAGGGAGAGGAUAGCUCAGUCAAGCAGAUUGAAUGAUCCUUCGGCGAUGGAUGAAUAUGAGAUCAAUAUAAAAAAGGCACCUAGCAAAAAGGAGAUCGAGCUUAGAUUAUUAGAGGAGGGGUUAGCAAUUGAAGAGGCUCAGAUUGCAUUGCUCAUCGAGGUCCGAAGGAUCGGAAGAAGAUCCACCGAGACACAGAGAUUAGACAUCGCCCGUCAACGCGAUCGGCUCCAAGGCCAGAUAGAUGGAUUUGCUCGGUCUGCUCUAACACAUCUCGGGGAGGGAUUUGAUGCAGAUGAUGAACCUGAGGACUUGAACGUAGACAUUCUAGAUGAUCUCGAUGAUGACCCGGCGGAUUUCACAGAGACAUCUCAUACAUGGACAAACUCUCCCGAGCUCACUGUAAUCCCAUUGCCAUCAAACCUGGGGGUUGAUAGAUGCAGACGAUGCAUGGCAGAGGAUCUGAUUCCCCUGGAGAUGUCGCUUCGUGAAGGGCAGGCCAAUGAUGCCCUUCACAAUCUCCGCAUUUACCUUUGCAACAAGGCCAUCCUGUUCCGAACAACCGUUAGGCAGGCCAAAUCCCAGGCCCUGAAAACUCGAGCUUGGUCCCAGGUGACGUCGGUGCAGCAGGCAGUCUCCCUCCAUGCCAGCAUAUAUACAAAGACCAGGAAGCAAAUGAUGAAACUUGAGCCGGGGCAAGACCAGCUUCAGAAAUACAAACCCCUGCUUCGCGAGCAACUCAAAAUUAGCACUGCAGUGGGUGACCCAAAUGCCCGAGGUCAACGAAAUGAAUCUUUGGCUUGGUUUUGGUCUGUUGAAGUCGACCUCGGGGGUCCUGAUCAAUCGUGGAAUGAGGAAUUUUACCGAGUCCAUUGGCUCAGGGCAAAGGCACUACGAGAUCGAUGGAGGGAAGAAAUGAUAUUGGUCAAAUUGGAGAUGGAUUGGACAUCAACCCAAUGGGGCGACCACAUGCAGGAAUCAUUGGAGAAACGACCUUCCGGGUCACGGAUGCUACGCCGGAAGGCAAUCCCAAAUCGCCAUAGUCCUGUAUUAGCCAUGCCUGCAACUCCUGCAUCCACUUCUGGCACUCUGAAUGCCGGAAGCCAUUACCGACCCCUGAAGCUGAGCCUUGCAACUAUUUCCUGCACAUUGGCAAUGGCUGGAUCGCGGGUCCGUGCAUGCAUCUCUCAAUAUCGGACGGAAGCUGCCAACAAUGGUCUAUCUUCUGACCGGAUCAAGUAUUUUAAAGCCGGGCUGCAAUGGGAGAUGAAUUACUCCGCUUCACAGAAUAUCGUGUUGGUUCUUCCGGUCCCUGUCGCUUAUAUCCUUAAGUUGUAUCCCAUGCUAACCUGGAACACGGUUCCGGACGACGUCUUUUCAUUCCACCUCCUUGCAUUUGAUGAUGAGGCAAUUGCAGGACAUCCGUCCCGGAUUGUGUUCAAAUAUACAUGUCCAUGGUGGAUGGGAAACACCACAAUCCCGGAUCAACCAUGGCAGUGGGAUGAAAUAAUGGCUUCCUGCAUCUCUCACUACCAGUAUUGGGCGCUUAAUGUUGAGGAUGAUGCUUUGGUUCUUCCAGAGAAGUUGAAAAACACUUCGACUCCACCACUUAUGGGACUGAGGUGGAUUAAAGAACGCAUGGAAGCAUUGAUGGAGGAGCAAGAUCAUGGCAUCAAAGCCAAGAUGGCAGAGGUGAAGAUGUACACUGACAUGUUAGAGAAAUUGAGGAAAGGCAAAGGAGUGUCCCGAGUCCCGAAUUUCGGAGGUCGGGGUUCGGAGACCCGGAGCUCGGCAACUGUGUUGGGUGUCAGGGUAUCCAGACCAUUGGAGAUAGCAUGUGGACUCGGUAUUCAGAACAGUGUCAAGUCCCAGGUCACGAGCUCCGAGUGCCGAGUGCCGAACCCCGAGUCCCGAGUCCCGAGUCCCGAAUUUCGGAGGUCGGGGUUCGGCGACCCGGAGCUCGGCAACUGUGUUGGGUGUCAGGGUACUCGGAGCAUUGGAGAUAGCAUUUGUGUCAGGGACUCGGUAUUCAGAACAGUGUUGAGUCCCAGGUCACGAGCUCCGAGUCCCGAGUCCCGAACCCCGAGUCCCGAAUUUUGGAGGUCGGGGUUCGGCGACCUGGAGCUCGGCAACUGCUGGUUGCCGAGCUCCGGGUCGCCGAACCCCGACCUCCGAAAUUCGGGACUCGGGACUCGGGACUCGGGGUUCGGCACUCGGCACUCGGAGCUCGUGACCUGGGACUUGACACUGUUCUGA